CAGAGGCAGAGCAGAGGCAGAGCAGAGGCGGGGAGCUGCCCCAUCAUCGUCUCACACAGAAAGGUGUGAAAUAUCGGUCGUUUCGACGUCGCGGAGACAAAACACGGAGACGGCGCUGUUGUGAUAAUGCUGUCACACCCUGAACAUCUUCGUGUCAGCGGAGAUAUGGAGACACCGGGGAGGAUAGCAGCCACACCAGAUGCCCUGGACGUCACGGUGGAAAACGUGGAGAAGGCCCUCCACCAGUUGUACUAUGAUCCCAAUAUAGAAAACAAGAAUCUGGCCCAAAAAUGGCUAAUGCAGGCUCAGGUCUCGCCUCAGGCCUGGCAGUUUUGCUGGGUCCUGCUGAGCCCAGAUAAGGUGCCAGAAAUCCAGUAUUUUGGUGCUAGUGCACUUCACACCAAGAUCUCUCGUUAUUGGUCAGACAUACCCUCAGACCAGUAUGAGUCUCUGAAGACCCAGCUGUUCUCCCAGAUUGCCUGCUUCUCCUCUGGCUCCAAGAUGGUGCUCACUCGCCUGUGUGUGGCCCUGGCCUCUCUGGCACUCAACACAAUGCCGGAGUCCUGGCCGGGUGCAGUAGCAGAGAUGGUGCGGGUGUUCCAGGAGGAGGGGUGUGGGGUGGAUGGGCGGGCACGUUGCCUGGCGCUGCUGGAGCUUCUCACUGUCCUGCCUGAAGAGUUCCAGACCAGCCGCCUGCCACAGUACAGAAAGGGACUGGUUCGGGGCGCCUUGGGCCAAGAGUGGGGGUCAGUGUGUCCCUUACUGCAGCAACUGCUGAGGCGGACAGACAGUCCCGGGGCAGUGAAAGCUCGUGUGCUGCGCUGCCUGUCUUCCUGGGUGCUGCUGGAUGUUCCCCUCAGCGAGAGUGAAGCCCUGGUGCAUGACUGCUUCGCUGCACUGCCUGACCCUGAGCUCUUCGACACAGCAGUUGAGGCAAUAGUCAAUGCCAUCUCACAGCCCGACUCCCAAAGAUAUGUGAACACUUUGCUGAAACUGGUGCCUCAAGUGCUGGCCCUCCAGGAGCAGCUCAGAGAGGCUGUUCAGAAUGGAGACAUGGAGACCUGUCAUGGUAUCUGCCGGAUCGCUGUUACACUAGGGGAGAACCACUCCAGGACUCUGUUGGAGCAGGUGGAUCACUGGCAAAGCUUCCUGGCUUUAGUCAACAUGAUCAUGUUUUGUACAGGAAUUCCUGGCCACUACCCAGUCAACGAAACCACAAGCUCCCUGACACUUACCUUCUGGUACACACUUCAAGAUGAAAUCAUGUCGUUUGAGUCAGAUAAGCAGGCAGUUUAUCUGCAGGUCUACAGGCCAGUGUAUUUCCAGUUGGUGGACGUUUUGCUACACAAAGCCCAGUUUCCAUCUGACCAAGAGUAUGCAUCCUGGUCCUCAGAUGAGAAAGAGCAGUUCAGAAUUUACAGGGUGGAUAUCUCAGACACACUCAUGUAUGUGUAUGAGAUGCUUGGAGCAGAGCUGCUGAGUAACCUGUAUGAUAAACUGGGGCGACUGUUGACAAAUGCAGAGCAGCCCACGUCAUGGCAGCACACAGAAGCUUUGUUGUAUGGCUUCCAGUCCAUAGCAGAGACGAUAGAUGUGAACUACUCUGACGUCAUCCCAGGCCUAAUAGGACUCAUUCCCAGAAUCAACAUCAACAACGUCCAGUUAGCAGACACAGUGAUGUUUACAAUAGGUGCUCUGGCUGAAUGGCUGGCAGAUCACCCGGUGAUGCUCAGCAGCGUUUUGCCGUUGGUUCUUCAGGCUUUAGGGAACCCAGACCUCUCUGUGUCCUCUGUCUCUACACUGAAGAAAAUUUGUCGAGAAUGCAAAUAUGACCUGCCACCUUACGCAACCAACAUAGUAGCUGUCUCUCAGGAGGUGCUUAUAAAGCAAAUCCACAAGACGAGUCAGUGCAUGUGGCUGAUGCAGGCUCUGGGCUUUCUGCUCUCCGCUCUCCCCGUCGAAGACAUCUUAAGAAACCUUCACUCUCUCAUCACGCCAUACAUUCAGCAGCUGGAGAAGCUAGCGGAUGAGACGCCUAAUCCCUCUAAUAAAUUAGCAAUCAUUCACAUACUGGGGCUGUUGUCCAACCUGUUCACUACACUUGACAUUAGCAAGCAGGAUGAUGAGACAGCAGAAGGAUCAGCGCCACCUGUCAAAACAGCCCCACCUCCACCAGGACCAAACCCGGUGGUGGUGGUUUUGCAGCAGGUCUUUGCUCUCAUACAGACUGUCCUCAGCAAGUGGCUCAAUGACUCGCAAGUUGUAGAGGCUGUUUGUGCCAUCUUUGAGAAGUCUGUGAAGACUCUGCUCCAUGACUUUGCUCCUAUGGUUUCUCAGCUAAGUGAGAUGCUUGGGCAGAUGUACAGUACGAUUCCCCAGGCUUCGGCCCUCGACCUCACACGACAGAUGGUGCAUAUAUUUGCUAGUGAGACAGACCACUUCCCACCCAUCAAAGCUCUGUUUGAGCUGGUUACCUCGGUUACACUGUCCAUCUUCCAGCAAGGACCCAGGGAUCAUCCUGAUAUUGUUGAUUCAUUUAUGCAACUCCAAGCUCAGGCCCUCAAACGGAAGCCCGAUUUGUUCUUGUCUGAGAGUCUUGACGUGAAAGCAGUGUUCCACUGUGGAGUUCUGUCACUCAAAUUUCCCGAAUCUCCGACAGUCAAGUCAACGUGCUUGUUCUUUACCGAGCUGUUGUCUCGCUGCUCAGAUGUGCCUCCGUUGGCCAGAGUGGUGCAGGAAGAAGGCAAGCUAUUGGUGCAGGCCUUGUUGGAGGGCAUCGGUGGCGGAGCAUCUAGGAGUCUGAUGGACCAGUUUGCUGAAGUGCUCUUUUCUAUGAACAAGCACUGCUGUUCUCUGCUUGUUGUGUGGUUGAAGGAGGCGCUGCAGCUUCAAGAUUUUCCAUCGACUCGGGUCACAGAUAUACAGAAAGCCAACUUCUCACAGCAGAUACUCCGAGAACGAGUGAAUAAAAGGAGGGUAAAGGACAUGGUGAAGGAGUUCACACUGUUGUGCAGAGGGCUCCAUGGGACGGAGUACGCUGCUGAAUACUGAAACUCUACUUACCCUUGAACUCUCACCUAAACGUGACCUCUGCCCUCAGUGCAAACCAGCUGGAUGCCACAACAACGCAGUUCUCACCAACACCGUCAGUGACGCAACCAUGAAAUGAUUGUAAAGAUUACCUGCCCCGCCACAAGACAAGACAUGGAACCAUUCCCGCACAGACCUGCCGUCAGAUUAAUGGACAAACAUUAAACCUUCGGUGGUUUUCGGGAGGCUGACCUCUUUGCCCGGUUUUUGUUUUCUCCUCUGAGGUUGAUAGUUUCUCCUCUCCUUUCAAUGCCUUUAUUCUUUUUGGAAGAGCUCCGAGCAGCACAUCCAGCAUGCUGCCUCAUGCCUCCUUCUCCUUCUCUGUCUUGUUCUGCCUUUUUAGAUCUUCCUGUGGUCCCUAGGUUGUUUCCUGGUGAUUAGCAUCCAUAUGAAAUGGUAGUGGUAUCGUACGUAGCAACUUGACAUUAUUUUUCAAAAGCAGAAUCAAAUUAAGUAUAUAAAUGUAUAUGUAUGCAUAUAGAAAGAAGGUGGUUGACAGUCCUGCUGCUGCUAAUGGGAAGACAGAAGAAGCAAUAUCAGGAGGAGAUUCUGCAGGAAAAAAAGGUGCAAAAUGCAAAUCAGUGAGCCAACGUGUCAGACUGAAACAAAUUUCAUAGUAACGGUGAUCAUGUCCACGAAAACAAACAUUUACCAUGAAUGAAUCAAAUAACUGUGAAUCCAAGAAGAGAAGGUCUUUGAUAGUAAAAACCUGGGGUGAUGCCUUCAACUGGACACUUCAAACUACUCUCUGCCACUAACGCUUGGCUUGUUACUUGCAUAAAUGGAACUUAUGAACGUGUUAUUAGGACUUCCUGAAUGCAAACCUUUCAGAAAACAGACAUAACGGGUCAUGAGUAUGAUAGGUAAGGUCACAUGGGCUCAUUUUGAGAAAACAACUCCAUUUGAACGCGGCAUACUUACAAUAUGUACUUGAUCCAGUGGUUCAAAGAGUACUUAAAGGUCCGGUGUGUAGGAAUUAGUGACAUUUGAAGGUGAUACUGCAGAUAGCAACAAACGGAGGACACUCUGCUCACCUCCCCCUUCCCUAGCUUGCCAGUGAACUAUAGUGGCCUGUGCAGAUCAGAACACUCUUCUUAAGUCUCUCCACUCGUUCACUCUCUGUUGUUUCCUUUUUCCUCUUUUUUGGUUUAUGUGGGGCAGUGCUCCUCUUCAUUUGUGUAGUGAGUUUCCACUUCAAAACACAACAUUCCCAUCUGUUUGGGUUGUAGAAACAUGGUGGCACAAGCUGGUGAUGCCUGUAAAACAAGGCCCUUGCAUUAAGUACAUAAAAGGCUCUUCUAAAAGCUAUGGAAACCAAAAGAUUGUUAUUUCAACAGGGUUAAACACUUACAUGAACAUAUUUAUUGGUAGUUCAUUCAAUUUCUGUCAAUCGACCCUCCUCAAUGUUGCACACUGGACCUUUAAAGGCAACAUGCAUUCUAGCUACCAAGACAGUGGCCCGAUAAUGACACAGGAGCACAGAGAGGACAGUGAUCACUCUCUGCUUUAGACUUCAGUACUCUACUGCACUGUAGAUAUACAUGGGUAAAAUGUGUUUCCCAACAUCUUAUAAGGCUGAAUGUUGCAUAUUGUACCUUUACUUCAACAUUUACUCCUAUGAAUACCACUAAGAAGUUGGUAUUGCCAAAUUAUCAUGAAAAUAUUUUAUGUAUGCCUCUCUGGGAGGGGUUGACUGGAGGAAACAAACCUAAGAAUAUGACUUGGACUAAAACAGUCAGCUCUUUUGCCCAGCUCUCUGUGUAAAGGGCCAUACCUCACACACUCCCACCCAGUCACACCGCAGUCUUCUUGGAUUGUAUAGAGUAGUUCUUUUGCAGUGGUCCCUUAGGUAAAGCAGGACUGCCUAUAGUGAGGACAGUAGUCGCUGGCAGCUGGAAGAAGGCACAGGACUGAAUCAGAGAGGAUGAAUAAUCCUGAUGUUGGACUGCUUAGUCACUGUAAUCGUGCAAAAAUAUUAAUCAAGUUGUGAAUAUUAACAGUAAUUGCUGAACACUUAUUUGUAUUUGAGUGUAUGCGUGUGUUCAUACCUGUAUGAGAGGUUGUGUGUGUGCACAGAUGUAACUUUUUUCACUUGUUCAGUGCACUUAUAUUGGACCUACAGUACACAUCCUUCCUCUUCUCUUUUAAACAAAGACCCUAUUUGUUUUUUGUCAUUUUCCUCUUCCUCACACUAUACUCACUGGGAGUACAUCAUUCUUACAGGCCGAUCAGGCACAUCCAGUACUUCACUGGAUGUUCUUCUACUCAUCACCACUCACACCCAUUCAUUGAACGCCCUUAUUAUCUGGAUAAUCAUCUCGGUUAUAUUCCUGUUUUUGACACCAACAAUGUUUGUCAUCAAGCCACCCAAAAUGUUUUCAUUUAUCUGGGUCCCUGCUUUGGAGAGGACCAAGAAGGAUUAGAGUUUAGUGACUGAGAAAGUUAUUUUGGCAUUUCCAACAAGAAUUCUGUUCUCAAGCUGGGAGACAUUAUUGAUGAAGUGAUGCAACGGCUGUAAAAUACAGUCUAAAGGAGUAGCAGGAGCAGUUGACAUCUAAUGACACUCACCAUCAAAACGUACUGUGUGGUCUCUGAUAAAACUUAAUCUCAGUCUAAUCCUUCUGUCUUAUCCAAGGUGCCUGCAGACAUGUAGCAUGUGUGUGUUUUGAGGGGGUAGGGGUUCGGGGUUCAGGGGACAAACAUUCAGUGUGGAAGACACUGUAGAGAGACAUGAUUUUGAUUGAGACUGGAGGCAAAAAUCAGUUCUGAAGUUAGAGCUGCCCUGCCACCAAGUCUGGUUUGAACUGUGAAUGACUGGCUGUUAAAACACUGAUCUCCUCUUGUCUGUAAUGUGGUCUCAUUCUGAGGUGAGAAAUAAAGUAAAUGUUCGUCAGGUCAAAGAAAGGAGUGGUAGGAGGGGAGGGUGAUAUGAAAUGUACAUUGUUUUUUUUUUGUACCUUGGCUUUAA